AUGGAGGCCCUCAAUGAAAAAGAAAGUGGAGAUGAAGGAACAGUGAGUUCUGUUUCAGAAAAUACAGACUCGGAUAAUUUUGAAGACAGUAGAAGCACAGGAGAGGAGGAGGAGGCAGAAGAAGAAGAAGACAUCCCUGCUUCCAUGAAUGAAGAGGGAGAAAAGGAAUCGGAUGCCAACACGAAAACUAACUCAGAAUUUUAUGAUGGUGGUGUGAAAAACGAGGAAGAAGUAGCAGAGAGAUCUGUUCUCAUGGAGGGAAGCUCCGAGGUUCAUGAAAAUAGUAUGAGAAGAGUAGAAGAAAAGACAGAGAGCUCUGUUACCAUGGAGGAUGACUUUGACCAUGAAAAUAGUAAGAAAAGGGGAGGAGGAGGAGGCGGAGGGGAAGACAGAGACGAAACACGCAAGUCUGCUUUAAUGGAGGGUGAAGAGAUGGAGAGGGAUGAAGAAGAUGAAGAAACAGAGAGACCUGCUUUGAUCACUAAUAAGUUUGAAUACGUGUCAGGAAGGGGCAUUAUUGGGUUCGUAGAAGAACCAACAACAGCUAUGACAUUUAGUUUUCGCGAAUUUUUUGUGGGUCCAUAUGUUUCCGACACUGAAAUCUCAGAGCUCAAAUCAGAGAAAAAAAAAUCUGCCGGAGCACAGAGUUUUGGAGAAUUUCAUCCUUCUCCAGGUGGCUCUCAAGUGGAAAUUUCAGACCUCAAAUCGAAGCACGAACCAGUUUUUCAAGAAGAAGCGGAGAGAGAAAUUUCAGAGCUCAAAUCAGAGGAUGAAAAAUCUACUGGAGAACAGAGUUUCCAAGAAGAAUCACAGAGAGAAUCUGCCCAAGAGCAGAGUUUUCCAAGUGUUCAUGCAAGUCCAAAUGUUUCGGAAGCAGGAAUUUCUGAGACCAAAUCAGAAGACGACCAUGUUCUUGAAGAAGAAGAAGAAGAAGAGGGAUCCAUUCAAGAACAGAGGAUGUUCCAUGGUCAUUCCAGUUCUGAUCAAUUUAGCUUGAAAAGUGACGUCUUUCGAGGGAGAGAUUCAUCUGAUGAAGAUGAUUUGGAUUUCUAUGACAAUUCAUUCGAGUCUGAUUCAGAAUCAGAAUCGUCAAGCUCAAGUGGUCUCAUAUGGGGCAACAGUGACAAAACUGACGAUUUAAUCACAUACGAUUUUCUAGCAUAUCAAAAAGGUCUUGGAGAAUUGGAGCCUGAGACCCUCAAGCUGAUGCAAAAGCUAAGAGCCAUAGAUGAAUUCAUAGAAUUAGCACCUGGGAAAGCCGAAAAUGAAGAUGAAAAGGAAGUUUCAAAGGAUGAAGGGAAGAAAUGGGGUGAGUUAGACUCUGAAGAAGAUGAUGAUCAGGAUGAUUUUGAAUGGGAUGAUGAUGAAUUGGUACAACAAAUGAAACUGGAAAUGAGAAAUGCGAGACAAGGAGGGCUUCCUACAAUCUUAGAGGACGAAGAAGAAGAUGGAGGACAAGAAGUUAGUGAGUCCCCAAAAAUGGCCCAAGAUCUAAAGCCACUGAGGAUUGAAGAGAAACUGGAAUUCAAGGAUCAUAUCAGAGAAAUCCAGAAAGUUCACAAGACCUACGAAGAGAAGAUGAGGAAGCUUGAUAUCUUGAACUACCAAACCAUGCAUGCUCUAGGUCUACGACAAUUGAAAGAUCCAAGUGCGAAGCCUAUGAUUUUGAAGAAUUUAUUAUGGUCACGCCAAGAUCAGAAGAAGAAGAAGAAGUCGUCGGAGGCAGUGGUGAGUUUGGUGGAGGAGUUGGAGGUGGUUUAUGUGGGGCAGGUUUGCUUGUCGUGGGAGGUUCUGUGUUGGGAGUACAAGAAAGCGAUAGAGUUGAAACAGUACGACAGCGAAUCCGUUCGCCGGUACAAUGUGGUGGCCGGAGAAUUUCAACUGUUCCAAGUUCUGAUGCAGAGGUUCAUUGAGAAUGAGCCUUUUCAAGGACCCCGGAUUCACAAUUAUGUAAGGAACCGUUGUGUCAUUCGGAACCUCCUCCAAGUUCCUCCAAUUCAAGAUGAUAGCAUGAAGGACAAGAACAUGAUGACCAAGGAUGAAGAAGACACUGUUUCAAGCGAAAAGUUAGCAGAAAUCAUCAGAGAAUCCAUUACAUCUUCUGCAAGUUUGCCAGAGCCGACAAGCACGAGAUUAAUGCCAACACCUUCUUUAAAGUUCCUCACCAAACCAAACCAACUCAUCUCAAAGACCCUGCCACUUAUCAUCUUCUCACAGACAUUCAAACCCACCUGCACAAGAAGGAGAAGAGGCUGAAGGACAUAGUUAGGAGUGGGAAUUGCAUAGUGAGGAAGCUGCAGAAGCAGAGUGAGGAUAAAGUGGAGCUGGAUGUUGAGCAGAUGAUGGCUCAGGUUCAGUUGAAGUUGAUUUCAAGGGUUCUGAGCAUGUCAAAGUUGAGCAAAGAUCAGUUAAUUUGGUGUAAUGAUAAGUUAAAUAGGAUUUCAUUUGUUGACAGAAAAGUCCAUGUGGAUCCCUCUUUUUUGCUCUUUCCUUUCUGAUCCACUUCAUGUACAUGUACACUUUUUUCACACACAUAAUGAUAAUCAUAUACAUCAUACAUAACA